UGGCUAGCCGUCUCCAUUUCCGGGACUCCUCGCUUGCAAUAAGCGCUUACUGUCUGUCCAGUCCGGCAUAGCGUCUCUCCCGGUACCGCCAGGUCGACCCGCCCGGCUCCUCUUCGCUAUCACAGGUGAUCCAAAGGACCAAAAUCAUGACGGAUUCCAAGUAUUUCACAACAAACAAAAAAGGGGAGAUAUUUGAGCUGAAGGCAGAGCUCAACAAUGAGAAGAAGGAGAAGCGGAAGGAGGCAGUGAAGAAGGUGAUUGCAGCCAUGACAGUGGGGAAGGAUGUCAGCUCCUUGUUCCCAGAUGUAGUGAACUGCAUGCAGACUGAUAACCUGGAGCUGAAGAAGCUGGUCUACCUGUACCUCAUGAACUAUGCCAAGAGCCAGCCUGACAUGGCCAUCAUGGCAGUCAACAGCUUUGUAAAGGACUGUGAGGACCCCAACCCCCUGAUCCGCGCUCUGGCUGUCCGCACUAUGGGCUGUAUCCGGGUGGAUAAGAUCACAGAGUACCUGUGUGAGCCGCUGCGCAAGUGCCUGAAGGACGAGGACCCCUACGUGAGGAAGACUGCGGCCGUCUGCGUGGCCAAGCUGCACGACAUCAACGCCCAGAUGGUGGAGGACCAGGGCUUCCUCGACUCCCUGCGGGACCUCAUUGCAGACUCCAACCCCAUGGUGGUUGCCAACGCAGUGGCAGCUCUCUCAGAGAUCAGCGAGUCACACCCCAACAGCAACCUGCUGGACCUGAACCCCCAGAACAUCAACAAGCUGCUGACUGCCCUGAAUGAGUGCACUGAGUGGGGGCAGAUCUUCAUCCUGGACUGCCUCUCCAACUACAGCCCCAAAGACGAGCGCGAGGCCCAAAGUAUCUGCGAGCGCGUCACUCCGCGCCUCUCCCAUGCUAACUCGGCCGUGGUGCUGUCUGCAGUGAAGGUGCUGAUGAAGUUCCUGGAGCUGCUGCCCAAGGACUCGGACUAUUACAACACGCUGCUGAAGAAGCUCUCCCCUCCCCUGGUCACCCUGCUGUCCGGAGAGCCUGAGGUCCAGUACGUGGCGCUGCGCAACAUCAAUCUCAUCGUGCAGAAGAGACCUGAAAUACUGAAGCAGGAGAUCAAGGUGUUCUUUGUCAAGUACAACGACCCCAUCUAUGUGAAACUGGAGAAACUGGACAUUAUGAUUCGCCUGGCAUCCCAGGCCAACAUUGCUCAGGUCUUGGCUGAGCUAAAGGAGUAUGCUACCGAGGUGGAUGUUGAUUUUGUCCGGAAAGCUGUGAGAGCUAUCGGGCGCUGUGCCAUUAAAGUGGAGCAAUCUGCGGAGCGCUGUGUCAGCACACUGCUGGACCUCAUCCAGACCAAGGUCAACUACGUGGUCCAAGAAGCCAUCGUGGUGAUCCGAGACAUCUUCCGCAAAUACCCCAACAAGUAUGAGAGCAUCAUCGCCACGCUGUGUGAGAAUCUCGACUCCCUGGAUGAGCCGGACGCCCGGGCUGCUAUGAUCUGGAUUGUGGGCGAGUACGCGGAGAGGAUCGACAACGCUGACGAGCUGCUGGAGAGCUUCCUGGAGGGAUUCCAUGAUGAGAGCACUCAGGUGCAGCUGACUCUGCUCACUGCCAUCGUCAAGCUGUUCCUGAAGAAGCCCUCCGAGACCCAGGAGCUGGUGCAGCAGGUGCUCAGUCUAGCCACACAGGACUCGGACAAUCCUGACCUCCGGGACCGUGGCUAUAUCUACUGGCGCCUGCUCUCCACAGACCCCGUGACUGCCAAGGAGGUGGUGCUAUCAGAGAAGCCCCUCAUCUCCGAGGAGACGGACCUCAUCGAGCCCACCCUGCUGGAUGAGCUCAUCUGCCACAUCGGCUCCCUGGCCUCUGUCUACCACAAACCCCCCACCGCAUUCGUAGAGGGCAGCCAUGGUGUCCACCGCAAGCACCUGCCAAUCCAGCAGGGAAGCAUUGAGGCGGGGGAGAGUCCGGUGGGACCCAGCCCCGCAGUGCCCCCAGAUCAGACCCAGGUCAUCCCAUCGCAGGGAGACCUCCUGGGAGACCUGCUCAACCUGGACCUGGGCCCCCCUGUCAACGUGCCCCAGGUCUCCUCCAUGCAGAUGGGGGCCGUGGACCUACUGGGAGGGGGUCUGGACAGUCUGAUGGGAGAAGACACGCAAUGGACCUGUAUAACCAAUGGAAGUCCACAACAGCUCGGUGGAGACCUGGGAGGAGGCGUUGGGGGCAGUCCAGCAGUUGGUCAGAAUUUCAUUCCGUCCUCUGUCCCCACCACCUUCGCUCCCUCCCCCACCCCAGCGGUGAUCAGCAGCGGGCUCAAUGACCUGUUCGAGCUCUCCACUGGCAUGGGCAUCGCACCCGGAGGUCAUGUGGCACCCAAAGCGGUUUGGCUGCCUGCUGUCAAAGCCAAAGGCCUGGAGAUCGCUGGAACGUUUUCACGGAGACAGGGUCACAUGUACAUGGACAUGACCUUUACCAACAAAGCCCUGCAGCACAUGCUAGACUUUGCCAUCCAGUUCAACAAGAACAGUUUUGGGGUGAUUCCCACCACGCCCCUCGCAAUCCACACUCCACUGAUGCCCAAUCAGAGCAUCGACGUCUCUCUGCCCCUGAAUACCAUCGGGCCUGUCAUGAAAAUGGAUCCGCUCAAUAACCUCCAGGUGGCGGUGAAGAACAGCAUUGAUGUCUUCUACUUCAGCUGUCUAAUUCCACUCAGCAUUUUCUUUGUCGAGGAUGGCAAAAUGGAGCGCCAAGUCUUCCUAGCUACCUGGAAGGACAUCCCCAAUGAAAACGAGCUGCAGUACCAGAUUAAGGAAUGCCACUUGAAUGCAGACACUGUCUCAGGGAAGCUGCAGAAUAACAACAUUUACACCAUUGCUAAAAGAAACGUGGAGGGCCAGGACAUGCUCUACCAGUCUCUGAAACUCACCAACGGCAUCUGGAUCCUAGCAGAGCUGCGCAUUCAACCCGGCAACCCAAACUACACGCUGUCCCUGAAGUGUCGGGCCCCUGAGGUGUCUCAGUAUGUCUACCAGAUCUACGAUUCCGUCCUGAGGAACUGAUGAGCGGGCCUACUCUGCAUUGUUGGAGCUGCCACUGUCUUUGUACCUGUGCAAAGAACAAUCUACCAUUUUACAUUUUUAAUUCUGCUCUUUUUUUUUUUUAAGGCACUGAUAAUUAAUAUGUAUGUAGUGAACGAAAGUGAUGAUCCCUUUAGUGCUCCAAAGACUUUAUUUUGUAACCAGUACGUAAACCACUAUUAUGAUGUGCUUUGUCCAAGUCUGUGCCAUCCUGAUUUUAUGGUUGUUUUUUAUUUUAAAUUUGUUUUUCAUUUGUAAAUUGAUUUAGAAUUGUUUUAGACCCUUGUAAAUAAUGACAGUGCUUUUACGAGUGUUGUGUGUGUGUGUGUGUCAGCAGCUUCCUGUUUUUCUGUGAUGCAAUGUGUUUGCCAGUGGGAAGCUGUGGUGGCAGGAAACAGUCCAUGAAAUUAUAAAGGAAUCCGCGUAGAAUUAAGCUCUUUGUAGCAGUAGGCUAACAGGCGUAGUAAAAACUACAAUUGAGCUAAAUGAACAGCACAGUUAAAUAAUCCAAGGCUUAGUUUUAGAUGUACUAAAAAAUAUAUUGAAUUAUAGUCAAGUGGAUGGAUGUUAGGAAGAAAUAAGUAGGCUUGCUCCUUUUGAACAUUUAUUUUUCAGGGGCUCACAAAAUACCAUAAUAAAUCACUGUUCUUUAUUGAAACAUCGUAAAACCUGUUUAUUGUGCAGCGGGUGCAAUUUAUUCUUCCCUUCUGACCAGAUGCUGCCAGGGCAGAAAUAUCCAAGCUGAGCAAAGUCAAAUGAAACAGGUGUCAAUCAUAACUGAUCUGAUGCUUUCCCAUUGUUGACUAUUGUACCACCCCCACUCGGUCAUAGUGUGUUGUCAGCACAGCUGCUCAGAAACGACUGUAAUUAACAGAUUUCAUGUUGUUCCAAUGAAGAACCCCAGUCAAAUACGUACUCUAAAAGGUGACUGAUUUAUUACAAGCUUCAAAGAAAGUCAAAUAAAUGCAGUUAACAGUGAUUGAACCCUGGUGCAUUUUUGGAAGUCUGAAGCAGUAGCUCUGUAGCAUUCAUCUACAGAAUAUUUCUGUUUUAACGCUGCAGCUGUAGUAUUUUAAGUCUGUUUUAGAUUGUCUUUAAAUACCAGUGAAUUGUAUUGUAACUAUUACCCAUGUCUUCUGACUUAAAUGAAAGAUGUGUAGCUUUUUGGCAUAAAUCCAAGUAUUAAGUCAAUGAUGUACGGUGCCGUUGUAUCAUUAAUAGGAAACAUGCAUCUAAUUCUGCUUGCUGGUUAGAGCAGUUCUUCUAAACUGGAGCAUUUACUCUGGAUCUUUACUCUGAACUUGCUGUCUUAAUAUCCCCUCUCAUGAGUAGCAUGUUAAUUCUGUGACCGUGUCAUGCGUCGUCCAAAAGUGUGAACGUGUCCAUUUUUUUUUUUUUUUUUUUUUU